AUGGAAAAUCGACCUCUGGGAGAUAUGAGCCUGCUAAACAAGCUUUUUCGUCUCGAGAGAGCACCAGAGCUUCCGUCCAACUUCAGAGAGUCGAUUGUUGAAGCGCACCUUUUUCGAGGGCCUCUCGGUUCACACAAUGCACUCCAUACCUUCCAAACACUUUGCAAAGAUGAUCCGCAUACUAUUGUUGCGGAAGCAAUUAGUGGUGCAUUCAAAGACCCGGCGCUGCGAGAAAGCAUCGAAACUAAUUGGGUGCUCAGUUGCGACUUUGAUCGUGCGAGUUCCCAGGAGGAAAUAUUGGACGAAAGCGCACCUCACGAUCUUGCCUCCUGGACCAUUUCCAAUUGCCUGGAAUGCUUCAAGUUUCUAGUGGAGCAUGGCGCCGUUCGAACCUCUUCUUUUUGUCGGACAGGGGAGAGCUUUUUCCUACUUGCGAUGAAAAGUGAGAAACGGGAGGCAAUGGACAUUGUUGUUUCUACCAUCGACUACAAGGAGGUUUUCCAGCCGUUCUGGAUGAGCGAGCCAGCAGGCGACAGAAAAACAAUUCUACAGGCUUCUACAUAUAAUGAGCCGGUCUUCCGAGCUUGCUGGAGCCGGGUGAGAUCGCAUCCUUACGCCCCUCAAUAUACGCUCGGGCCUCAAGAGAUUGGACAUAUAUGUCGUUUUGUGGACGUGAAGCUCGCAGACGACCUGCUGCAGCACGGAGUGGACAUAGCAAAGCCACAUCCAGAAAAUCUGCAUCCUGGUUGGCUAGAAAUUGUUUGCCAAAGCGAUGCUAGCGCGAUGCUUGACUGGUUCUUGAGACGCGGCUAUGCUCCACCCGGAUGGUAUUUGACUUAUGCCGCUGAACAUAAUUGCGUGCAUGCCAUCCAAUGGAUAUUACUUCAUACGGAUGAUUAUCAUGACUGGGUUCGGGCAAGCUUCGUUUCCGCGAAGCACGAGAAUGAGAGGAGUGUUGAGAUGCUAGAGGCAAUCCUACAGUCCUCUGUUUCGAAAUGGAAACCAGACCGACGCCUGGCUGAAGAUCUUGCAAUUACAAUUGUUGACUCAAUGUGUGACGAGAGCGAGUUCCUUCACAAAAAUGUCCAGUACAUAAGCCCCGGCGGUGCUGGUCCUACUCUGCGCGAAAUGCUCUGUUUGAGGGAGAAUAUUGCUAUUCGGAAGCUCGAAACACUCCGCGAUGUGCCUGGUGGCGUCAGUGUUGUGGGCCUGAAGAUCAAGACUAGUGCAGCUGGGCUCCAUGGAGUAACAAAAGCUCUGGAAAAGUUGGAGCCGUAG